CUAUGAAUGAUGAGGAAAUGUUUGGGACCAGUGACCAGAAAAAUGCCUUCACAGUAUUUACUAUGAUGCAUGAGCACAUGAGAGUUACAACACAUAAACUGAUGCAUCACUAUAAUAGCACACAUGGGGUGCAGUUUCACCAGCGAAUAUUUGGCUGUGAUUUACAAGCCAAGAACAGACCAGGGAGAAUGGUGAGUAAGGAAUCUUUCAAUGGAGACCAUGGAGAUGAAAAGUACCUCAGCAUUCCUGACCAAACCCUUCAGACUGAAUUCAAAUGGCCGGGAGCCUGGGACACCCUCCAGUCGGAGAGUUUCAAAUGGGUCAUUGCAGACUUUUACCAGCCUAUCUGCAUCAGUGCACUUUAUACAUUUCUUGAGCAGAACAAGAGACGUGUGAGGAGAAAAGUCAAGCCCAGAGUCCGGCUCAUCCAGAGGGCACUCCCAGACUCUGGAGGGGCCAAAAUCACCUGCCUGGGCACUGGUUUCUACCCCCGUCACAUCAACCUGACCCUGCUCAGAGAUGGCCAGUCUGUGUCUGAUCACCAGAUCACAGGGGGGGAGCUGCUACCUAACUGUGAUGAGACGUACCAAAUGAGGAAGAGCUUGGAGGUCAGUGCAGAGGAACUGCAACAGCACCAUUACACCUGCACAGCUGAACACCGUAGCCUGGACAAUAAGCUGGACAUACCUUUAGAUUAUGAGCCUUUUCCAGGUGGAAAAUAUACUGUGAUAGCGGUGGUGGUGGUGUUGCUUGCAUGUCUAAUUGGAUCCAUCAUCGCCCUUCUCAUUUGUAGACGAAAAUGUAAAGAUGGUGAAAAGAGAAAGGAGCACAAGGAAGAGGAGAAGGAGGAUGAGAGAACUCUUGUCAAGAGUCUGAGAUAAGAGUCACGUUUAUUUUAAAGGUUCUCUACGCACCAAUAAUAUGGUAUAGGCUCAUGCUGCACGUUUCAGUAGCCUACUCUACGCACCAAUAAUAUGGUAUAGGCUCAUGCUACACGUUUCAGUACUCUACGCACCAAUAAUAUGGUAUAGGCUCAUGCUACACGUUUCAGUCACUUAAGAUUUCUGUUCUCGCACCGCGUUUUGGAAAUGCUCAAAUCACACUGCUCUGCAAGACAGACAGCCGAGAAAUAAAUUAAUUUGCCGGCAAUGAAUUUGAACGGAACGGAAUGAGCAGACCAGCGCUGGCCCACUGAUUAUGACAUCUUUUAAUAAGGCAUUGUGCGUCUGCUCAAACUCUGUGAGAAAUCAGAUGAAAAUUCAACCAGUUUCUCGGGUCCAACUGAUUCGGAGUUAGUAGGAGAUAUCUUUAUCCCAAGUAGGAGAUGUCUUUAUCCAAAACAUACUAAGGAACCCGGCAGUGAUUCAGUGAAAUCACACCCAGAACAAUUGUAUAGAAGGCGGCAACACUAAUUGUACCACCAACUCUCAACCAGGUGUUCAUGUGUGUAUUCACUCAAGCUAUAAGGUUGGUGCACCAAGUCUGAGAAGACUGCAAUGUAGCUUUAUCUAACCAUUUCAAUACUGCUGGUGCUCCCCAGUAUGACCACAGGUUACAUGUUUAUCCAUGUCAUUAAUGUUAAUGUCAUCAUGCAAAUCUAUCAAAUAGCUGACAGACUGCCAAACAUAUAUGCUGCUCUCUAUCAAAAAAACAGUGGGACCCAUACUGGUAAUUUCCGAUGUUCAUUAAGUCACGACCCAUAUACCAACGUGAUCUAUAUUUUUAGCAUCCAAGCCAAGUGAUACGGUGAGCUAUGUGGUAAGAUAAGCAAAGUCUUGGUUCUCGUUUGGAACAUGCUGAUGUUUGGCAUUAUAUUUGGUUCUCAACUCCUGAUAUGAUGUUGCCUUUCAAAGUACAUGAUGCUACUCGACAAGUUUGUAUUUGACAUGGAUGCUUUGUUUCCAUGUGGCAUUUUAGUUUUGAUACUUUCAUACUCUUGUGUGCCAGCAAUUCACUGCACACCACACACUGGAAUUUCUGUCAUUUUGUCCUCAACUUAAGUGAAUCCAUAGUCUUCUUCUAAUAUCAGGGUCGCACUUGCAUUUCCCGCUAAAAUGAUGUCUAACAUGACCUGUUACAUGCACAUUGUCUAUGUCCACAUAUGAAUAGUCCAUCAAAAUAAAGGUUUGAUAUUAGAUAGCACCACAGCCCACUGUUGGGUCCUGACCUACCAGUUAAGAAACUGAUCUAAACUAUAGGCCUACCCGCACUGCACUUUAUUUGUUCUUUUAUCUGUAUGCACUUUAGUACCUCCUGAAAUAUAAACUGUAAGCAGUGUAGUGGAAAUAAGCGGCCAUAAGCGGUGAGCUAUGCUGGCCUCCGAGCUCGUAGUUCGAACACCAUUGUUAACAAAUAAAUGUCUUAAAACCUGCCUCAGUCUGCUUGCAUUCAAUUUUCUUACCACAGCAGCAGGUUACUACAUAUACACAGGGCCAGGGCUAUCCUGUACAAAUUCUCUCAGGUGAGCAAUGUUGCAGGGCAACCCUAAUGAUCAUCAGGUUUUCUUGAUCAUCCAAUCAGAACAUGUGGAAAUGGUUAUGUAGUUGCCCAGCAACACUGUUCAAAAAGCUGCAACCUGCAUCAUACCCUUCAGGUUUUUCACGCGUCUGUACAAUAUAUGAAUGCAAACCUCGCUAUUCACUGUAUACAAUUAUUUAUUAUCUACCAUAGUAGAUUUACCAGGAUGUUGUACACUGCUUCUACAAAUUUUGUGUCAUUAGUGUGUUACUUCAAUGUCCUAUUUUUUUCCCACAAGUUUGUUAUGAGGUGCUGAGACACUUCACAUUAGCCUACUCUGUGCGAAAUUGAUUUGCUUUGU